AUGGAAGAUGUAUAUAUUUGUGUGGAUAAUUUUGCCCAUGAUUAUGGAUUCGAGAAUCUAAGUAGUGGGCCUAAUGCCUUCUAUGGGCUUUUCGAUGGGCAUGGGGGAAAGCAUGCUAUUGAUUUUGCCUGUUGUCACUUGUUGAUGAUCAUUCUUGAAGACGAAGACUUUCGUCACGAGAUCAAGAAGGUCAUUACUUCUGCCUUCUUACAGACUGAUGUCGCCUUUGCCGAAGCAUGCUCAUUAGAUGCAGCCCUCGCUUCUGGAACCAUAGCAUUGGCAGUAACAGUCAUGAGGAGAUUACUAGUGGUAGCUAAUGCUGGAGAUUGUAGAGCAGUCCUAUGUCGCCGAGGGAAAGCAAUUGAGAUGUCAAUGGACCACAAGCCUAUAUGCGUCAAAGAACGGAAACGGAUUGGGGCUUUCGGAGGUUAUGUCUAUGACGGGUACCUCAAUGGGCAACUAAAAGCAAUUUUAUCUCUUAAACGCAAUUUUAUCUCUUAG